CCCGCCCGGUCGAGAUGGAAGACGACCACCAGAACGACCAGCAGGUGAACAACCCGCACAUAAACAAAGUGCUCAAAACAUACCAGAUGAGUGCGCCCAGAAGCCUGCAGGGACCGAAUUCGGUGCUAGACGAACCGUCUGGCGCUGCGGUGGCCGUGUGCUCGCCUAAAGCGCCCAUGCCCACCGCGACUGGCGGCGACUCUGAGUCUGGUGGCGGUCGGAAGACACCGGUGCCAGCACCACCGCCGCCUCCGCCCCUGCACCCGGUUCUGUAUGUGCCUGAUCAGUCGGGGUGCGAGCUGUUUGAAACGGAUCUAGAAUGGGAGAAGAUCGCGUGUUUUAUGGUGGGUGGCGAGAUGCGGUUGUGCCUGCCACAGAUCCUCAACACGGUACUCCGGGAUUUCACGCUCACCCAAAUAAACCAGGUAUGCGACGAGCUGCGCAUCUACUGUUCUCGGUGUACGCCCGAACAGCUGGACAUGCUCAAGCACUGCCAGAUACUGCCGGUAACGGCGCCGUCUUGCGGGCUGAUGACCAAGACGAAUGCCGAGCGGCUAUGCUUCGCACUGCUCCACCGGAUCCCUCCGCCCGCGGCUCCGGUGCCUGACGACGUGGUCACGUUCUCGUUCGAGGUGUUUCACGAUGUGUUCGGUAAGACUCGGGGAGUGUGUAUGCCCGAACUGUACACCGAAAAGUUCUCGGCGUGCAUACAGUGCGUCGAGUGCAAGGCGCUAUUCGCGCCCCAGCGGUUCGUCAACCACAUACACCGGUUCACAGGCACUAAUUCCUGUCACUGGGGUUACAAGCGCGAGAACUGGAAAGCGUACGUCAAGGUGUCUCACGGGCACCCUGAUUACGCGCAAGUUGUCAAUCUGUUCGAGACGUUCAAGGAGCAAAUCGACGAUUCGGCCACUGCGCAAUUCUCCACUCGAAAACGAAAACAGUUGAUGGAACUGGUGCCCAUUUCGUGUACAGUCCGUCAGUCCAGGGCCGAGACGCCACCGCCGUCACUGAAGAGGACCAAGCUCGAGGACGCACCGCCAGUGGUGCCCUCGGCGGCCUAUUACUCGGCUCUGGGCAUAGCGCCCACGCUACCUAACUACAUGGUGGACCCAUUCCACUAUUUUUACGGUGCAUGGGUGCCACCACCCGCUGCCAUGUACAUGAAUAACUCGCAUCACCAGCUGUACAGGAACGACAGUCUGAUCAAGAGGGAGAGACCGCCUAGGCUUGUGGACCCGCAAAAAGUCAUAUCACACACGCAGUCCGAACAGUUCAGCAGGAGUUUUCAACCGAACGUCGCGCUGGCGCCGCCCAACAAACACAACGGCAACGCUAAUACCACCAAUCUCUUGGGCCAUCACCAUAACCAUCACCACCAAAAUGCCAACAGUGUCAACAUCAACAACAACAAUAACAACAAUAACAAUAACAACAAUAAUAACAGCAGCAAUAACAACAACAACACUGCCAAACCGAUGGUGAAAUUCAAAUUCAAAGACGAUGGUGAACAGGAAAAUAAAGACAUCGUUCCCAACCAAGAGUCUGAGAGGAGAUAUAACAGUGUCGCCGCCAGUGUCAUGGAGCAAGUGGCCGCUGUUUUAGACGCAUUGAGCGAUGCCAAGGAGACGACGCGACAGCAAGUGAUCGGAUUGGUUGAGCGAAUCGCUUUGCGUCUUGAAAAGGUCGAAUCAAAAAAUCUACAACUCGUCCGGGAGAACGAAUUACUUAAAAACCAAUUGAACAUGAAGAGGCAUACGAACAAAGAAGAUCCAUUGUUAGUAGACGACUGUACGAUGAUCAAAUGGGAAGAUGGUGGUGGUAUUGAUCAAGAACAUAGCAAAUCCAACAGUUUGCCAUUGAUGAACAAGAGGUGUAGUCCAGUGUCCGUGAUAACCUCACCACCAUGUCAGCCCAAAACACCUCCACCUCAUAAUUUACAGUCCUCUACCAUGGCCACUACUACUGCCACCAUCACAGCCACCUCAGUGUUGAUCAAAUCGGAAUCCAUCGACUGAUUAUUAUAAAUGCAGCCGGCUGUUUACUUAUUAUUAAUUAUUAUUAUUUAAUUUAAUAUUGCUACCACCGACAAUUGAUCUCUCCUUUAAAAAAAUAAAACUAAAAAAAAAAAUAUGUAUAAAUUAUACAAGCUUUUUAUAAUAUUUAUUCAG